GAUUGGUCAGCUACAUGUUUCCUGUUUGAAACUUGUUUCAUCCGGAACCCGUAGAAAUUAAACAAAGCCGUACAUGGAGAAAACGCUUCAAACGUAACAGCUAAAGUCCAAAAAGUCUCCACUGUGUUUGAAAGCACAGAAAAAGCAAAUUUUGGCCAGCAGGCUUAACAUUUCAGCCUAGUGCGGUAGUUGACGGAAGCUGUUAUUAACCAUGAAAGGAACAGCUAAAUGCAAGGUGGUGACAUCGGGGAGGCUGACAGGAGGAGUCAAAGUGCAGCCGGCAAGGAGAAGAGUGACUCCAAAUCCAGGACCUGCAGCCUGCCCUGAGCCAGCCUACUCUUUGUACUCCACGGACUCUGAAGACCAGGUAAUUUCUCUCCAUAAGGGUCUGGACCAGUGUGCUGCCUUGCUCAGUGGCAUCCUUCAGGCUGAGAAGGCAGUCUUGCCAAGCCUUCCCAGAGCAGUAAAGGGCAGGGCAGCCAAAUCAAGACCAUCUGCCUCAUUGGGGAAGAAGACCGCCAAGAAACUACCUUCAAAGACCGGGUCACAAAAUGAGCGGCAACCAGGAGUUUCAGUGAAUGACAGCCAGCGUCCCCCUACAGAUUCUGCCUGUAGACUCUUCUCAGCAUCAGUCCAGCGUGGACCAGGCAGCACCACUCCAACAACAACACAUCAGUCUGCUGUUCCAUCUGCACGCUCAGAAGUGAAGUUCCAUCCACCUCAGAAACAACCUCGCACCCUGCUGCAGUCUCACUUACCUCCUUCACACAACCAAACACUGCAGCACCUCUCCCCUACCACUCCUCCACCACAGCCCCAGAUGUCCAACCCUCCACCCCAGCCCCAGACCUCUGCCCCUCCACCCCAGACCUCCAUCCCUCCACCCUACUCCACCCCUCACUCAGGCUGGCCGCCUCUCCCUCAGACUGACUGCCAGGCUGCUUCUGAAGCUCCACAUGCACACUGUAAGGCAGAGUGUGAUAGUGAAGAGGAGGAGUUUGUUCCUGUGAGAGACAUCAAUACCCAAAGCACUGCUGCAGACACACACACAGCUGUCAGACACACACACACACACAUAGACACCUGUAUCAUGAAGAUGUCAAACAUGCAGCUGGAACCUGGACAGGUUAAUAAAGUUCCUCAGGACACACACAGCGUGGAGGACUGCAGUGCAGAGACAGAAGUGAAGACAGUUCAGUAUCUGCUGGGAGAACUCAAGGCUCUGAUCGCUGGACAAGGCAGUGUAGCAGAGAGGCUGCUCAGUCAUCUGGAGCAGACUCUGUCCUCACCACUGAUGAAUGUUGGUCGUUCAAACAUCCAGACUGAACCAGACCUAUCAUCUAUACACAGCCAGAACACUCAGCUCCGCAGGCAUGUGAGUAUUCUGAACCAGCAGUUACAGGAGAGAGAGAAAGCAGAGAAACAACAAGACAUCUCUGACAAACUCUGUAACUCAGAAGUGUUGACUCUGCAGGAGGAGCUCACUACCACUCAGUCCCGACUGCGGGAACUUGAGGAUGCCCUCACAGAACUACGGACAGCCCUUCAGGACACACAGAGCCAGCUGAGAGACAGAGAGGCAGAGAAUGCACUCAUCAAGACAGACUUGAAGGCCACUAGAAGCAGGUUGCUGGACAGUGAGCAAGAGAAGAGUGAGUUGGCUUCACUCGCCCAACAGAGAUUGGAAGAGAUAGGAAACCUUAACAGGAUUCUUCAGAGACGGGAUUCAUCAGAUUGUACUGCUGUUGUUGACAGCUCAGUGUCUCUGCUAACAAAACAACAUUUUAACCAACACCAGCACAGACAGGAGCCAGCAGAGCCCCCCACUGACCGUAUUACCCAAUACCUGAUGUCUCUGGGUCAGCUGGAGCCCACACACACUGAGCAUGUGUAUGUGGUUGCAGAGAGAGAAGGAAACACACUAGAGCAAAAGAAACUGACCUCAGUCCAGCUGAGAGACACAUUCAGAUCUCAGCGAGGUGACAAACCUUCAGAGACUUCAGCCCGUCACCAAAACUCUCAUCUUGACCAAUCACAUUGUUUAGAUGAAGUCCAGUCAUGUGGGCAGCGACUGGAGAAGGAGCAUAGGCAACUGUUGAACUCCACACUGUGCCAACAUGACAUGGAAUCUGUGUGGUCUGAUUGGAGCACGAGGUCAGGGUUAAUCUUUGACACCAGAGAUGAGGCAGCGUUCAGAGACGGCCUUGCUGCUCUGGAUGCUAGCAUAGCCAAUCUGCAGAAGACUAUUCAACUGGAUCUGGGGAAGUGAUACACACUCAGCUUCACUUUGCAGCUUGUGCUUUCACAAAACAUGUCAUAAUGCAUAGCCUGUACUGUAUGAUGCAUUUUGCCAUUUUUAAUAAGUGAUAUUUAAGAUUGGAAAUAAAGCAUUUUUAAUUUUUUUUUUCUUGGUUUUGAUGACAGUACUGGUGACAGAGACACAUGACAGGCAAAGUUUUAGCAGCAGCCUGGUUUGUUCGCACUGCCUGGGAUCGGUUUUUCAAACCUGUCAGAAGUCAUGCAGCACUAAACUUGAGAAAAUUCAACUGCAAUAAAAAUGCCAAGUUUUGAUGGUAA